GGGGCGCACUCGGCUGCGCGCUGAGCUCGGGGUGCACCGACGCGCCGCGGGCUGCUGGAGCUCGGCUUUGCUCUGGCUGCAGCAGCCGCGCCGCCCGCCCCACUCCGUUCAGAUUCCGACCCCAGGACCCUCUGCACCGCCCUCCCACACUCCAGCCCAGGCUCUCGCCUCCGGCCCCGCGGACCAUGCUCCGGGCGCCCCCCGGAAAACCGGGCUGGGUGAAGAUCUGGCAAAGAUUAGGCUCCCGAGCGGGGGCCCCACCCGGCCGCCCUUCUCUCGGCCCGCACCCUGCCCUGUGUCCCUGAGCCGUGUGAGCCUGCUGGGCCAUGGAGCGCGCGCCGCCCGACGGGCUGCUGAACGCGUCGGGCGCUCUGGCCGGCGAGGCGGCGGCCGCAGGCGGGGCGCGCGGCUUCUCGGCUGCCUGGACCGCUGUCCUGGCUGCGCUCAUGGCGCUGCUCAUCGUGGCCACAGUGCUGGGCAACGCGCUUGUCAUGCUAGCCUUCGUGGCGGAUUCGAGCCUCCGCACCCAGAACAACUUCUUUCUGCUCAACCUCGCCAUCUCCGACUUCCUCGUGGGUGCCUUCUGCAUCCCGUUGUAUGUCCCCUAUGUGCUGACCGGGCGGUGGACUUUUGGCCGGGGCCUCUGCAAGCUGUGGCUGGUGGUAGACUACCUGCUGUGUGCCUCCUCGGUCUUCAACAUCGUGCUGAUCAGCUACGACCGAUUCCUGUCGGUCACUCGAGCUGUCUCCUACCGGGCCCAGCAGGGGGACACGCGCCGGGCAGUGAGGAAGAUGGCGCUAGUGUGGGUGCUGGCCUUCCUGCUGUAUGGGCCUGCCAUCCUGAGUUGGGAGUACCUGUCGGGUGGCAGCUCCAUCCCCGAGGGCCACUGCUACGCCGAGUUCUUCUACAACUGGUACUUUCUCAUCACGGCUUCCACUCUCGAGUUCUUCACGCCCUUCCUCAGCGUCACCUUCUUCAACCUCAGCAUCUACCUGAACAUCCAGAGGCGCACCCGCCUCCGGCUUGAUGGGGCCCGCGAGGCUGGCCCCGAGCCCCCUCCCGAUGCCCAACCCUCACCACCUCCGGCUCCCCCCAGCUGCUGGGGCUGCUGGCCGAAGGGGCACGGGGAGGCCAUGCCUCUGCACAGGUAUGGGGUGGGCGAGGCAGGACCUGGUGCUGAGGCUGGGGAGGCUGCCCUCGGGGGUGGCAGUGGUGGGGGUGCUGCUGCCUCCCCCACUUCCAGCUCCGGCAGCUCCUCGAGGGGCACUGAGAGGCCGCGCUCGCUCAAAAGGGGCUCCAAGCCGUCGGCAUCUUCAGCGUCCCUGGAGAAGCGCAUGAAGAUGGUGUCCCAGAGCAUCACCCAGCGCUUUCGGCUGUCGAGGGACAAGAAGGUGGCCAAGUCGCUCGCCAUCAUUGUGAGCAUCUUUGGGCUCUGCUGGGCCCCGUACACGCUUCUAAUGAUCAUCCGAGCCGCCUGCCACGGCCACUGCAUCCCCGACUACUGGUAUGAGACGUCCUUCUGGCUUCUGUGGGCCAACUCGGCUGUCAACCCUGUCCUCUACCCGCUCUGCCACUACAGCUUCCGCAGAGCCUUCACCAAGCUCCUCUGCCCCCAGAAGCUCAAGGUCCAGCCCCACGGCUCCCUGGAGCAGUGCUGGAAGUGAGCAGCGGCUGUCCGUCCCUGCCCUUCCGUGUGACUGUGGCUCUUGUAACUUGGCCCAUGGGCGGCCCCAGGUGUGGGCCCUGCCUUGUCCACGGGCGCUCUAAAUGCCAUGACAGCGACAGCCUCUUAGAUCAUCAACCCUGCAGUGGGGCAGCCUGGUAGGCUGGCCAGGGGAUGGGGGGGCGGGGGGAUCCCUCACUGGUAUAACCGGAGUGCGCUUGGCUGGCCUCUGCCGCCACCCCAGGAGAGACAAUCUGGGGGGGGUUCCUGGCAUGGACUCUGCCUCCACAGACAGCACAGUGCCAGUGGUGUCCCCUUUUGCAUUUGGCGGCUGGCGUCCUCUCUAACAAAAACCUCCGUGUGUGUGUGUGUGUGUGUGUGUGUGUGUGUGUGUGUGUGUGUGUCCCAGGCUCCUGCCCCAGCGGUGUGCCCUGCAUGUGCGCACACACCCACUGCACGCCCACCACGCACUGCAGCAACACCUUCCCUCUCCCCAGACAACCUGGGGGUGACGCCCUUCGCUGCCGCCUCUGUCUCUCGCUUAAGCCCAGAGCCUAGUUCCUUCAUCCUUGUCCCUUCCACUCUUUGCCCCCACAAAGUGCCAAGCGCCACGGGAACCUUGAAGCCUUUCUCUGCCUUUCCCCAUCCUGGAUGUUUUCAGGAAGACGGAAGAGAAGAAAACACGUCUGUGAACUUGAUGUUCCUUGGAUGUUUAAUCAAGAGAGACAAAAUUGCCGAGGAGCUUGGGGCUGGAUUGGCAGGUGUGGGCUCCCACGCCCUCCUCCCUCAGUGCUGCAGCUUCCGGCUGAGCCGCACCAGCUGCUUCUGCCCGCCCCACCCCCGGGCUUGGGACCGGUGGCCCUACUGGCAGUGAUGCCUGCUCAGCUGGCCGAAGCCUGCCCUGCUUGGCCCCAUCUGUGCAAUCAGAAUUUGGGGGUGGGUCCAUGGGUUGUUGGGUAGUGGAGCUCUUGACUGCAUCCUGGGGGGAGGGGGUGUUCCUGGGACCUUACAGGGGAGUCGGCAGGCGAGCUGGCUGGGGUUACCU